AUGCUCGAGAGCAUGACUCUAAGGAGCGUUCUCUCCAAAGAGCUGAGCGCUUUCGAGCUCGACACGAACGAGGACACACCGGCGCUGGCAGUGAUGCAAAAGCUGCUGGACUCAUCCAGCCGAGCGGUGCCCGUUUUGGCCCAGCCAGAGGCACCCACGCCAAGCUACAGGACACCGGGGCGAAUCCGCAUUCUGGCGCAAUUCGACCUGGCCGCGCUGUGGGCUGUUUUUGGGUACAAGGAUGAGUCCGAGCAGUGGUGGUGGGAGAGCGAGGAUGUGACUUCGAACAUCUUUCUGCAAUCAUGCGUCGACUUCCUGGCGUUCGGCCGCAAAAAUUCCGAUGGACGAAGCCAAGCGCCCGUUGCGAAAGUUUCCCUGGACGAGAAGUUGUCCAAAGUUAUCGGACGGGCCUGCACCAGUCCAUUCCGACACGUGGUCGUCUACGAGGAGGCAAACGACCGGCAGCUUCGAAACCCAUGCUGCGACAUCUCAUCCCACGAAUUCGUGCAGUCACUGUGCAUUGCUGGACUUCUGUCGCAGCUGGAGUUCAACAGCAGCAAACCACGGCCUGAUCGCUUCCGUCGCAUGUUUUCCAGCCAUGCGGGCAUCACCUCCGAUGGAAUGUCGAAGGAGAGCUCGCUGUCUCCUGCGGCGCAGAAGGAUGCAGCUGGUCAAGCGGGAAGCGUGAGCUUCAACAACAUGGUGGAAGUGGAAGCUUUGGUCGUUCCUGUCUGCCCAGUUCAUCAUGGGAAGUUCAUGCAGUACGAGGCCUUAUCCGAGCUCCUGGCCGACUUUCAGAAGCUCAAGGCCAUGGCGCAGGAUCCUUCCACUUGCGUGGCUUCCUGCACGGCCUUCUGUAGGUCUUGUGCGAAGUCGUUCGGGAAAGUUCAACGCCGCCCCCUUUCUGCAAGCCACUACAAGACCGCGAUUAAAAAGUUGCCUGGGCGCAGCUGCUUGCGGCUCUUGAGAGAUCGUGUCUCCAGCCGAGUUUCAGGCGGCCUGCGUCUUCCCGGCGUCAAGCCGCGGCAUGUGAAGCCCUUGGAGCAAGCUUCGGGGCGAACCCACUCCUCCUGGUUUUCCUUCUGUUGCAGCUGCAGUAUGGCUGAUCGGGUCGACCGGAUCCAAGUGUCAGCAAACUGA